AUGAUGUUUUCAGAAAAUGUAGCUUUAGAGGAAGCGAAUUCCAUGUCAUCAGACCAAAAUCCUGUUGACUCUUGCAAACCGGAUGAGAAUGUAGAUUCAUCUGAGAGUUCUACCGAUGGACCAUCUAAUGAAGUUUCCACAGACGGAUUUAGUGAUAGAGCGAAUGAAAUGAUGAAGGAAGCUACACAAGAAAUUGCAGAUUCUACAUUAAAAACAGUAGAGGAUAAUAAUACCACAGGAGUAUCUGAUUCAGCACAAUUCACUCAGGAAGAUAAAGAGCAAAGCAAUGUCUCGGAUACCCAGUCCAAUGAAGAUCUUAAACCUGAAGAACAUGCUCAUUUAGAGACUUUACCUUCUAAUCAUACUGAGCAUGCUGAAGAGGCUCAACCUGAGGAAGAGAUGACUCCUAAAGAGAAUGAGGUAAAGGAGAAUGAACCUGAACCAACUCAUACUGAAUACUCUAAAAAGCAUCUCAAGGGCACAUCUCCAAAAGAUGUUACUGAACUGCAAGAGGCAUCAAAACAGGUGGCUUCAGUUGGUCAGCUACAAAAGCCUGUUCAACCUCCCCUGCAAGUCGCUAAACAAGGAACUCAGGCCAAAUCAGGAGAUGCUCCAUCUCCAGUACAGACAAAUGGACAGACUCCUCCUAAGUCUCCUACUCAACCACAGGUAAACGCAUCACCUUCUACUCCACCUCUCGCAAAUACUACUUCCUCUAUUACUUCCCAAGCAGGCGCUCCUAAACCUACUGUUCCAUGCGUCCUUGAUCUUGCUAACCCUGAUGAGUCCAAUGUAGAUAUUGUAAAAGGUGGUAGUAAUGGAGUAAAUUACAGGGGAUUCAUGCCAAAGAAUAGCUCUGUUACUUCUGUUGUUUAUGCUGGAGCUACUGUUUGGACUGCCACUGGAGAUGAAAAAUGUACAGGAGGGAAUAUGUAUGGAAAGGACGACUCCCUACUUCUAGACGUAACUAUUACGACUGGAGAUAAGUUCAAUGUCAAGUAUUUUGAGAAGAAUGGUACUGAAUCGUGGAAGAAUAUGGAGCAGAAUGAUUUUUUAAAGAAGCUUCAUGAAAUGAGGAAUGGUGUUACUAAUCAACCUUCUGUAGAAUCUUCUCAGGAAUCUCCUAAUCCAUCUACUUCAAACUCUAGUACCACUAAUCAACCCAGUGAAUCACACUAA